AUGUGUACCCCAUGUUCGCCUGUUGACCGCAUUCUGGCUUCCAUAUUUGCUAUUUUUAUCUCACCUUUUUUAGUUGGUUACUUUGACAUUCCGACGCCACCGGAUUACUAUCGCGCUUAUAUUCUCCAACUGGGUUUUUAUCUACAUUCUCUGUGGAGCGUGCUGUUCAUCGACGUUUGGCGCAAGGACUCUGCUGUGCUCCUCGUCCAUCACUUCAUGACUCUGUUCCUUCUCCAAUUUUCUUUGGUGCUUCGCCUUCAUCGCAUCGGGGCACUCGUCCUUUUUCUGCAUGACCUCAACGACGUGUUUCUGGAAGUCGCUAAAGUCAAUGUCUACGUGCGCGCUCGCCACGGCAAACCUCACGCAUACAACAUCUGGAUCUCCAACCUUUUCUUCGCACUUUUCACGGUGUCCUGGAUAGUAAUGCGGCUCUAUUGGUUUCCUCUUAAAGUACUCUAUGCCGCUUCCUGGGGCGUCUACAUCACAAACGUAGGCCGAGAGUGCCGAAGCUUCCUUUUCUUCAAUGUGCUACUUUGGGCAUUAUUUUUCAUGCACAUUUACUGGUUCCGGUUCAUCGCAAUUAUGGCCGGUCGUCUCAUCUUAUGUCCUUCAUCGGGGGAUAUGCGCGAGGAAGACUCUGAUGAUGAUGUAUUGGACAAGUGCAACGAUCGCUCCGGAGAUUUUCCGGUUGAACUGACGAUGACUCCGCUUGGUGGCAAACUGGGUGAAGGAAUUGAGCCCAAUGGGAGCUAUGAGAAUCGUUUCGCGGUCAGCUCCGAUGAAAAAGCUCUCCUAAACGGAAUGUUACGAAAUAGUAGGGGUACUUAAACUAUUUUUGCUGUUUGAUUUUAUGACGUUUCACAACUAUGUGCCUCUGAUUGGAUUGUCACCUUGGACCGAAUCGGCACUGUGAGCCACCGCAGUUCUCCUAAUUCCUACUACCUUCAGCAACUCCUUAUCUGCUGAUGAUUCAGUUGAACUCCACGCUCAGUGCUUGUUUGUCCGCCUUUAACUGUACUCAACCUGCAGAUGCUCUAUCAUCAGUCUUUCGUCAACC